AUGAAGUUCUUCGUCCCCCUCACAGCGCUUUUCUGCGCUGCCACUGUCACUGCUGCGCCGCUUGGUCCUACUCUGAACCAUGUCCAAGUCCGGUCCUCUGUCGUGUCUCCCAAUGUUGAGAACUCCCGACGCACCUACGAGGACACGCCCGAUGACGAAGAUUGUGACUGUGACGGUGACGAGGAGAACCCCAUUCCCGAUUUCGUCGACGACUGCCUCGCUGGAGGUGAUAUCAGCGCUGGCCUGCACACAAUUCUCGGUGACGCCAACUUUGCUGCCCAUGUCAUUGAAUUGAGUGCCAAUGCCGAGUUCCUCGUCAAGUUUCAGAAGCUCUGUGGCAGCGCCGAUUUCAUCAGCCAGAUCGAUCUUCUGUUCCACAAUGAUGUCUUCCUCGACAAGUGCACCGGCAUUGUUGCUGGUGGCAAUUUUGGCGCCCAGCUUGGUGUUCUCCUCUCCAAUGUGGAGUUUAUGAAGCGCUUCUCGGCUGGCAUCAGUGCUGAUGCCUUCAUCUCUCUCUUUGGUGCUCACUUGGCGCCAACUUCGACUUUGGCGCCAAGAUCGGGGGCUUCUCAAGAGCAGCAGCUUCUGUCAAGGCCGGAUUUGGCGCCGCGCUCGGCGGUCUUCUCGCUGAUGCCAACUUCAUGGGCCACAUUUGCGGCAAAGCUCGGCUUCGGCGCUGACCUGACUGCCAAAUUCAUUGCCCUCUUCGGCGCCAAGGUGAACUUUGCCGCUCAGCUCGAGCUGCUUCUCGGCGCCAGCUUCAAGGGCAAGUUCGGCGCCCUUCUCGGCGCUGGCAGCUGCACCGACCUCCUGGCCGGCUUCUUCGGCAAGCUGAGCUUCAACGAGAUCUGCGGCGGUGGCUUCAAGGGCGGCGCCUUCUUCAAGGCUUGGGCUAAGCUCUUCCUCGAGGCCGACUUUGCCACCAAGUUCUGCGGUUUCCUCGGCGCCUUCCUCUCCGCCAAGAUUGGCUUCGUCACUCUGAUCGGCCAGAUCUUCGCCGACAAGGUCUUCUGCGUCGCCGCCCUCGGCCUCUUUGGCAUCAAGGCCGCGCUCUCUGCAGGCCUGUGUGCCAUUCUCGGUGGUGCCGGUAUCGUCUCGCUCGUCACUGGCUUCGUUGCGAGCACCCUAAGCGCCAUUGUCGGCGGCGCCUUUGGUUUCCUUGGCAAGCUUUUCGGUGCUGUCAAGGGCGGAUACAGCCACUGGUAA